AUGAAUCCAGCGGACCACAGCGGCAGGUAGCGGACAGCUCAGCUCCUGUUCAACAAAUAGAGACAAGAUGGCGGCUGCAGCAGCGAUGAUGAUGAACUUCUCGCAGCAGAUUUUCUCUAAAAACGAUCUGACUCCGGACUGGACCAGCCAGGAAGUCAGCACCGGGACCACCAUCAUGGCAGUGGAGUAUGAUGGAGGAGUUGUGAUUGGAGCUGACUCUCGUACGACUACAGGAGCUUACAUUGCCAACAGAGUGACGGACAAACUGACUCCGAUCCACGACCGGAUCUUCUGCUGCAGGUCUGGAUCAGCCGCUGACACUCAGGCCAUCGCUGACGUGGUCACCUACCAGCUGGGCUUCCACAGCAUCGAGCUGGACGAGCCCCCAUUGGUGGAGACGGCUGCCAAUCUGUUCAGAGCUAGCUGCUACCGCUACAGAGAGGAGCUGACAGCAGGGAUCCUUGUGGCAGGUUGGGACAGGAGGAAGGGAGGACAGGUGUACUGUGUUCCUAUUGGUGGGAUGCUGGUGAGGCAGCCUGUAUCAGUAGGAGGUAGUGGCUCCACCUACAUCUACGGCUUCAUGGACUCCAACUACAAACCAGGACUCACCAAGGACCAGUGUCUGGAGCUCACUGCUGCAGCCCUGUCCCUGGCGAUGGAGAGGGACGGCUCCAGCGGUGGUGUGGUUCGGUUGGCGACCAUCUCUGAGGACGGGGUGGAGCGACGGGUCAUUCUGGGGAACCAGCUGCCAAAGUUCUCCACACACUGAGCAUGCUCAGUUCACAGCUGUGUGUUGUUAAUAAAGGUUUCUCUGUCA